AUGGAUGACUACCCUCUUUUGAACUAUUAUUCCAUGAUGACUAAGAACGACACUUAUUACGACUAUUACUUCAACUACGAAGAAACGCUAUUUGAGCAGGCUUUGAAGUGGUUCGAAAUUGCAUUCAUUGUACCAAUUGGCGUUCUUGGAAACAUCCUCGUGGUUUGCGUCUUGAGUAAGAAAACGUAUGAAAAGUCUUCGACUGCCGUUUUCUUUUCAGCCCUAGCUGUAUCAGAUAUACUUAUAUUAGUGUCAGGUCUGUACAAUAUUCUAACAGUUGGCAAUGACACGAACAUAGACUGUAAAAUAUUCACGUCAUUGUGGAUAUGCAGCGGGCAAACCUCCUCGUGUAUCCUAGCCACAGUUGCCGUGGAACGCGCAGUAAGUGUCCAGAAUCCACAUAAAGCAAAAUUCAUUUUUACAGCGAGAUCUGCAAAGAUCAUUAUGAUUUCUAUGGUGCUGUUUGUGUUUGUAUUAAAUGCGAUAAUGAUGGUCUGGUAUGAUAUUGGAGGAGACAGAUUCUUUGAGGAAAUGUACUGUCAUUCUAAUGACUUAUAUACGACAAAUGGUGAUUAUUAUGUUGAUGAUUUCGGCAGCGACGACGAUGACGAUGAUUAUAAUGAUGAUGCUGAUGAUGACGAUGUUGCUGAUAUUUAUGAAUUUCAGGUCAGGAUGUUCGAAAUAAAUCCUUUCUUAAUAAUUGUAUGA